CUUUUACCGGAAGAACAAACAAGCAAGCGAGACUCCUACGGAUUUAUCUCCGCUAUCUUUCGUUUACUUUCCACACCAACCUCCCACGAAAUGGAUCUUGCAAGUGACGAUCAGACCAAAAUGUUCUUUUACGAGAACAGACUUCAAACGUUCGUCGGUUGGCCGUUUGAAGAGGGCUGCGUUUGCACUCCAGAAAACAUGGCUAAAGCUGGAUUUAUUCACACUCCGUCGGAGAACAGUCCAGAUAUAGCGCAGUGUUUCUUCUGUCUGAAAGAGCUGGAAGGAUGGGAACCGGAGGAUGACCCUGAGAAAGAGCAUAAAGCGCAUUCUCCCAGCUGUGAUUUUAUCUUGCUCAAGAAGACCGUGGACAGUCUGACCGUGGAGGAAUUUCUGAAACUUCAGAAAGAACGACAGAAGUUUAUUAUUAAAAAAUCAUGUGGCCACGCGAUUGAUAAAUUUGAAGAUGCAGUGAAGCUCAAGAGAAACCAGAUCAUCCAGACUGCGAUGGGGGAGGAAUGAAGAGGUUCAUUGAGAGCAUUUGGCUGUGGUCCUUUUAUUGACCUCCCUCUUUUCUUUUCGUUCAUUUAUAUGUCAAGGAACACUCGGUUCUCUUUAAAUGUCAUCUGUGUUUAAAUCUGUGUUCUGUCACUUGUGAAAGUUGAUUUUAUUACACUUUCUUCCUGCUUUUAUAGUAUUUAUUUAAAAAUGAGAAAAAUUAAAAAAAGUACUCUCC